AUGUCGACGGAGCAAACGUACAAGCUAGUUGCCUUGAAGCUCGUCUCCCCAUCCAAGGAACAUCUCGAGAAGCACUAUGCAGAUCUCUCCGACAAGCCUUUCUUCAAGGGUCUUGUAACCUACAUGUUGAGCGGUCCCAUCACCGCCAUGGUUUGGGAGGGACGUGAUGCUGUCAAGACCGGCCGAACCAUCCUUGGUGCCACCAACCCUCUCGCUUCAGCCCCCGGCACUAUCCGAGGUGACUACGCCAUUGAUGUUGGUCGCAAUGUCUGCCACGGUUCAGACAGCGUUGAGAACGCGAAGAAAGAGAUCGCUUUGUGGUUCAAGCCCGACGAGGUCCACAGCUACAAGGCUGCCCAGUUCGACUGGAUUUAUGAGAAGGCAUAG